AUGAAAUGUGCAGAGGACCAGGUCGUUGAAGAAGAUACUGGUUACCAGGAUGAUGAGGAGUCCUUCUUCCAAGACAUUGACCUCCUACAGAAACAUGGGAUUAAUAUGGCAGACAUCAAAAAGCUGAAGUUAGUGGGCAUCUGCACUGUGAAGGGGAUCCAGAUGACCACUCGCAAGGCUUUGUGCAACAUCAAGGGCCUGUCAGAGGCAAAAGUGGAAAAAAUCAAGGAGGCUGCUGGGAAGAUGCUGAAUGUUGGUUUCCAGACUGCCUUUGAGUACAGCGCCAAGAGGAAGCAGGUGUUCCACAUCACAACUGGGAGCCAGGAGUUCGAUAAACUUUUAGGUGGCGGUAUAGAGAGCAUGGCUAUCACAGAGGCCUUUGGAGAGUUCCGCACAGGAAAAACUCAGCUGUCUCACACUUUCUGUGUCACUGCUCAGCUGCCAGGCGAGGAUGGCUACUCAGGCGGGAAAGUCGUCUUCAUUGACACAGAGAACACCUUUCGUCCAGACAGACUGAGAGACAUCGCUGACAGGUUUAAUGUGGACCACAGUGCUGUGCUGGACAACGUGCUUUACGCCCGGGCCUAUACCAGUGAACAUCAGAUGGAGCUGUUGGACUUUGUAGCAGCUAAAUUCCAUGAGGAAGGAGGAGUGUUCAAACUGUUGAUCAUCGACUCCAUCAUGGCUCUGUUCAGAGUAGACUUCUCUGGUCGAGGCGAGCUGGCUGAGCGGCAGCAGAAACUGGCGCAGAUGCUCUCCAGGCUGCAGAAGAUCUCAGAAGAGUACAACGUAGCCGUUUUUGUCACCAACCAAAUGACAGCUGAUCCCGGUGCAGGAAUGACUUUUCAGGCUGAUCCCAAGAAGCCAAUCGGUGGGCAUAUCCUGGCCCACGCCUCCACCACACGGAUCAGCUUGAGGAAGGGGCGUGGAGAGAUGAGGAUUGCCAAAAUAUUCGACAGUCCCGAUAUGCCUGAGAACGAGGCCACGUUUGCCAUCUCUGCUGGAGGAAUUACUGAUGCCAAAGAGUGAAGGAUAACACGAGGAGACACACAUGUUAGCACAGUCCUCUGUUCCUGACUAUUUAAAGUCAUGUAAGGUAUUUAAUGGAUUUAUUUAUUGAGUUUGGUAACUUAUAAAACUUAUUGAAGCCAUGCUGACAGUCUUGUACCAGGUACUUUUGAUGUAUUUAUUCUAUUUAUACUCUGUUGUAUUUCCCCUGUGUUUCAUAAAUGUUGAA